GAGUAAAGACAAAAGAAGUUUGAGCACUGAUAGAUAUUAUGGAUAAGGGACAUUAAUAAAAUGAUUAAAAAAUGUAAAAAAACUAUGCCUCCACAUAGUAGUAGUAAUGUGUGAUGAAGGGGUGCGACUGACUUCUGUCUGUGAUUCAAUGCUUUUGUUUUGUUAUUACCAAAUUCCAUAGUAGCGAGAGAGAUUGAGGGAGUGACGAUGGAAUGGAUGGUCCUGUCGGAAGUAGCUGGUGCCAACCUAUUUGGGGGGUCGCCUCUGGAGGAGAACGCCAUCUCCGCCGGUUCGCCAAACUUUGGUUUGGUUCUGCUGACAUAUUUUCUGGAACACCAAAAGGAUAAUAGAGCAACGACGAAAGCCAAUGCAUUUGUCGAUUUUAACCAAAUUGAUGCCCACUGCUGUUUGAUACUUUCUUUGACUUUGUUUUGGCAUAACGUAAAGAAUAUAUCGUUGUACCAAGUCCUGUUGUGUGUUUUGCUAAUCGCAGCAGGCAUUUUCAUUUUUGUAAACUUCAUAGCAUUUCAACUCUUGGACAAUGACAUCAAGUGGAUCAGAAAAGAGUCGAGGCUAUUGCGUGCCAUUGUGGAUGAUGAAGCAGCAAUUACGUCUUUGAGUGACCAAAUAACGGCUAAAGGGCAUCAACUAUGGGAUCCUGAACUAGACUCUGGUUCUAGUACAGCAGAAGCUGUUGGGCUAACUGAAUACGCUUGGAUAAAAGAUGCGAGUGGCAUUGUUGUCGACGCAGAUAAGUUGACUGAAGCCUUUGAGUGUCGAAGAAAAAAGGAAUUAAAGUUAAAAAGAAUAUCUCUGUCUUUCUCAUCAAUGAUCAAGUACUUAUCAGAUAUAGACGAGCUUUUCCUGAAGACCAUGCAGAUCAAGGAUCGUAUAAAUAGCAGUUUUACGAGGAAGAAAGCACUUGAAUUGCACAUCUGCGAGUCACAGGAGAAAUCGUGGUCUGUAAUAAGAACGCUUCUGAACAGGCCUAUUGAAGAACAUGAGAACAAGUUGGUCAACUCUAUACUACAAGUUGGGGCAGGAGGGCUGAUAUCUUCUGUUUUAGAGAAAGUAGAGGCUGCUAUCAGUAUGAUCGAUCGAAAAAGUUUGGACAGCAUUAAAGGCCAAACAGUUGAGAUGCAACUGAUGCUACUCUGUCCUUUCUUGCAGCACAUCAAAGGUCUUCGCCUCGAGAGCCAAAUUGAAAGGGUAUGGUUGAUGGAUUUAGAUGAGAUCGUGAGCAAAGCUAAGGCUGCUAUCGACACCUUUUCAAAAGUAUCGUUUUCGUGUCGAGGCAAGUGGCUUAGAGCUGUAUAUAUUCUCAGCGUUUGGAGAGCAAAGAGAAAGUUUAAGGCAGACUUGAAGUGCAUUGAUGUCAGCUUCUCUGACCUUUUCGAAAGGAAAGAAAAGUAUGGUUUCCAGUUCAUCAUAAGAGAUCCAUCAAAAUCCAAACACCAUUAUUUUCACGAAACAGACUUUGAAGUUAAAUUUCCAUCCCUCAUACGCAAUUUUCGCUCUUACCUCAAGAAGCAGAGCCUGCUACUAGGCUGGGUAUCCGACAAGCUUAUGUUGAUCUGUGAUCAGAUGGAGAAAAUGCUUAAUCUCUUAGAUAAUGCAAAUUCAACUGCUGCAAUACAAAAUAUCAGACAAGCAUGGUCGAAGCAAAUGGAAAAUAUAGUAAUGGCAGCUUUCAAAUCUACAACAACAUUUGUCGAGAAAGCAAAGAGCACCAAUACAUUGUUGAAUACACGAGCCAGGCUCCAACUUUCCCGAGAAAUUGACCAAAUCAAACAUCAUAUGUGUAUUCUCGAAAGGAGCAUAACAGCAUACAGCGGUGAGUUAAGAGACGAGUCAAGCUUAGUAGUUGGUCUGGAAGAAGAUGUAGAAGCAGUAGUUUCACAAUUGACCACCAGCAUUAGCGAGCAUCAAAAUUGCGACAAUACUGUUGACAUUUUUUCAAUAGUAGGGAUGGAGGGCAUAGGUAAGACAACCUUGGCAAAAAAAAUUUAUAGUCAUAGAGCUAUUAUGGCCCAUUUCCCUAUCCGUGUAUGGCUUUCUGUACCUCAAGACUACGACGACCAAUUCUCAUUUCUAAAUGAUGUAAUAGUACAGGUUAUGGACCAGCGCGGUCUUAUUUUGCAGGAGAAACUUGAACACUACAAGCAGAAGAUAGACAACUUUCCAGUGAACGACAUGUCCUUUCUCGUUCUGGACAAUAUCUCAACAAAGGAAGUUUUUUAUAAACUGAUGGAAAGAAUGCCCCUUGGAAAAACAGAAGGGAGCAGAAUUCUAAUCACGUCACAAAAUGAGAAUGUGGCUUCAGUAGUUGACCCUAAUCAGAGGAGUCACCCCACUCUAAAACUUCGCCUACGAACCACUGAUGAAAGUUUAGGCUUGCUCAAACAGAUGGUGUACAUUACUUCAAACGAAGAAACAAUCGCACAAGAUAUUGUUAGGAGAUGUUUGGGCUUACCGCUUUCCAUCGUGCGUGUUGGAUAUAUGAUGUUGAAGCAGAACGCCACGGCUUCUGAGGCUCUUGCCACAUUACCAUUGUUGAAGAGUAGUUUCAUAGAAACUGUACCGAAAAAGUUUACGUCAGAUAUACAAAAACUACUUGAGCACUUCGAAAUUUUUCCCAAGGACUUUGAUAUCCCCGUCAGGAGAUUAGUUACGUUGUGGGUCUCAGAAGGGUUAGUAGAACAAAGUGGAGAUGAUAACGAAACUCUUGAACAAAUUGCAGAAAAGCAGCUUUAUAAGUUGAUUGAUCAAGGAAUUGUGCAGAUGAUUCAGAAAAAGACCAGUGGGAAAGUCAAGACAUGUCGUUUUCCAUGUACAAACGAACCACGAUAUCUCCAGUUUUCUCAUGAUUCACCACAAAAAAUCAAGCACCUUCAAAGGCUUGCUCAUCAUUUUAACAAAAAUGGUCUUAGCCUUUGUCUCAUCCACAGUGAUAAUGACUCAAAACAUGAUGAUCUGGGAGAUUUGAACAGACUUCACUCAUUUCUCCCUUUUGAUCCUCGACAAGACGAUGAACCCAGAGAUGACAUAGGUUGCUUUCUUCGCACAGGCAAUGAACUUCAGGAUGGCUCAACAAAAUGUAGUUUUGAACUAGACUACAAAAACCUUCACACCUUUCUGACUUUUGACCCUCGAGAAGGAGAAGAACCAGGAGAAACAAUAGGAAGCUUUCUUUGCAAGGGAAUUCAACGUGGUCAUUUUCAACAAUUGAAGGUUCUUGAUCUUGAAGGCGUUUUCAAACCAGAAUUGCCCAACUCCAUAGGAAAGCUAAGAAGGUUGAAGUAUCUAGGCUUAAGGUGGACGUACUUGCAGAAAAUUCCAUCGUGCAUAGGCGACUUAGUGCAGCUUGAAACCUUGGAUGUGAAGCAUACUUAUGUCCGCUCUCUCCCCAGUUCGGUCUGGAAACUGCAGAGACUUCGAAAUCUGUACUUGCCUCACAGCAACCGAUGUAAAUUUAUGCAUCAUCCAAGAGGCAAUUCCUUGAAGAAGCUUCAAACUUUGUGGGGUGUGUUUGUUGAUAAAGAUAGUCCUCUCAAGGAUUGCCUCGACAAGUCAAAUGAUCUUAGGAAAUUAGCAAUGGUGUUCCAAUUGGAUGUGUCAGAGCAAGAGAAAUUGUCAUCACAACGGAUGUCUAAACUGAAGCGCCUUCAAACUUUGAGACUAAGAUCGAUUGAUGAAACGGGUAAACCCAAUAAGCUAUUCUUGAACCUUUCAAACCUUACCAAUCUCUCCAGCAUAGAGUUAUUUGGGAGGCUAGAGAAUCCUGUCCUUAUAAAUGAACUCCCUGACAAACUUACUGAGCUUACCUUAUCAGCCUCAGCUCUUUCAGAUGAUCCAAUGCCUAAGCUCGAAAAACUUCCCAACCUUAAACAACUAUACUUCUAUUCUGGCUCUUACAAGGGAGCACGCAUGGUUUGCUCCAAUGAUGGAUUUCCUCAGCUAAUAGACUUAAAAAUAUGGAAGAUAAAAGAUUUGGAAGAGUUGAUAAUUGAAGAUAAAGCACUGCAAAAACUUCGGGAUUUGGAGAUAAGGGGCUGUGAGAGAUUGACAGUACCAGAUGGAUUGAAGAACCUAAAGAAACUAGCUGAAUUGAAGUUAACAGACAUGCCAGAGGAAUUUGCAAGAAAGAUAGUACGUGACCAGAAGCUAAUUUGGGGUGACAUUACUCAGUCUCCAUUAAUCAAUAUCCUUGACAAGGACAGUUGAUAAAGAUUUAAGUAUGGUAUGUAGCCUUCAUUCCUAAUCUGGUGCCUAGUUAUGAAUAGUAGCAGUUUGUUUAUUUCUUUUAAUAUGUACCUUUUCAUCUUUGAAGGAGUUUGUUUUGCUGGUGUUUAUUUGGCCCGUUUCAAUUAAAACAUUAAGCAAUCACUGUUUUUAUAUUGUAAUCUACAUGUAAACUGUUUCUGAAGCAAAUGUUUAAUGUUAUUGUUGCUUAUGAUGCA